AUGGCGACCAAGCUUGUGGCCCAGGAAACACUUCUAUCCGCUCCCCAAGAAUCAUAUGUUGCUGUCGGUGGCGGACUCGUGGGAGUUGGCAUUGUACAGAUCUUAGAGCUGCAGGGCGCUAAGCCCAUCACGGUGGCCGAGCCAAUUGAACGGCGUCGACAAUUUGCGCUGGAGUGUGGAGCAACACACUGUAAAUCCCAGAGGAAAGGAUGUCACGGAAAAAGUUCGGGGUGUCACCAACGGCGUUGGGAUGCACGUUGUCCUCGACUCAGCCGUCGUGGAAAAGGCAAUGCGCGCUUGAGGUUAAAGCAUGUCGCACUCAUGGUUACCAUUGUGAAUAUUGCUGUAUGGGAAUGGCAACCAGCCGUUCCGGUAACCGAGCUAAUGUACAAUGAGGUGCAAUAUACAGGAGCUGCGCUCUACGACGAGGAUGCGUUUCAAAAUGUUAUACGAGCUCUCAGCCAUGGUACAUCGAUGGAAUUGGGUCAGAUGGCAAAUUCUCGUGAAACGGCGUCACUGGUUACAUCCCAAAUCAAUCUGGACGAGGUGGUCGAGAAAGGUUCGAAGCGCGGUAUUGCAAUGACUGGGACGUACGCUGCAAGAUCCUAUUAG